AUCUUCUUCAUCAAUUUAAACAUGUAAUAUCUUUUACACACGAAAUGCAACUUGACAACUAUAUCUUACAGGUAGUCGCUGAAUACUUGACUCACGCUAAUUUGAUUGAAUUGACUUAUAGAAUGCAGUGUUGAUCAUGAUGUAGCUCUAGUACUACCAAAGGCAUGCUUGUAGUUACAGCAAUUUAUCUGAUUUCUUUCUUCACUUUUUCAUGGUAUUGAAUUCCAUCCUGUAGGCUUGUAACUGAUGGAGUCGUAAAAUGUGCUAAUUUCUUGCCACUGCCUUUGAUUGCUAGAAUGUUGUUGCUUUUUUACACAAUACAAAAUAUGAUAACUACACUGUAAUCAUGCUGAUAUUUAUUGAACCUUUUCAUCAUUUUUACAGGAAAAGCAUGGGGAAUUUUCGAGGUCAUAACCCUGAGACAACGACGGUUCAUUCACACAAGUCUCGGCGUCCAAGAAGGAAGUUCAUCACCAGUGACAGUGACGAUGAUGAUAAAGAUUACUCAGUGGAAGAAGAAUCAAAUCAGCUUGUUCUUUAUGAACCGCGGACCACCACAUGUCGCAAGCAAAGGGAAGUUCAGUUUGCCGAGCCCAUAUAUCACCCUACUCCAUUGCAACAAAGACCCCCGAAGGCAAAAUAUGGACACUCCAAAGUUUUGCCAUCUAUUGGUGCUUAUACUGUGCAGUGUGCUGACUGCUUCAAAUGGAGGAUCGUUCCAACAAAGGAGAAAUAUGAAGAGUUGCGUGAGACUAUUUGUCGGCAACUUUUUGUUUGUGCAAGGGCUUGCGAAUGGAACCGUCCUUUAUCAUGUGAUGACCCCGAAGAUAUGUCACAGGAUGAAAACCAUGUGUGGGCACUUGACAAGCCAGAGAUUCCUCAAACUCCUCCUGGCUGGGAUAGGGAUGUCAGAAUCAGGGGGGAGGGAUGCAGCAAGUUUGCAGAUGUGUAUUACACUUCCCCGUCUGGGACAACGCUGAGGUCAAUGGUUGAAAUUGGGAGGUACCUGGCAGAGAAUCCAUACUACAUUCAACAAGGGGUUAAUUUAUCUCAGUUUUCGAUGCUUACCCCCCAACCUCUGCAACAAGACUACAUCAGGAAGCGUAAAUAUCCAGCAAAUCGUCACUUGACAGAGCGUCUUGAGCCAUUUGAAGUGAGUCCGCUGGCAUGUGCACCACCCCCUACUCGCAAAGAGUUGCUUCGAAUGGGCACUUCAGCUUCAAACCCUGUCGACCUCGACGAGUCUGAGGUGUACGACGCAGCACCUCUGCGCACCAAGAAGAGAACUCCGAGGCAAGCGUCGCCGUCAUCAAGUGAGCACACCAGGAGUACCGUGACAAUAGCAUCAUCGUCAGGAGAGCCCAAGAAGAGAAGCCUGAAACAAGCGUCAUCGUGAAGGCGCCGCCCAACACCUCCACCCAGCUGGUCACACAGCGGUCGUCAACCUCAAGGGUCCUCGAGCGACAUCGAGCAUGUGGAGC